AUGGUAUUCAAUAUUAGGCACAUGCCUGUGGGAUGCGGAACGUGGCCUGCAGUUUGGACGGUUGGGGGAAACUGGCCGAAUCAAGGCGAGAUCGACAUAUUGGAGGGUGUCAACAAUCAGGGACCUAACACAGUCACUUUACAUACCAGCUCCGGUUGCACCAUGCCAGCCUCUCGUGCGCAGACUGGAACGGCGCUUCUGAACAACUGCGACGUAGCUGCUUCGAACAACGCAGGCUGUGGAGUGAGGAUGACUGACACGCGCAGCUAUGGAUCGAUCUUCAACAACAAGGGCGGAGGAUGGUUUGCUGUCGAGCGGACCAACUCUUUCAUCAAAGUCUGGUUCUGGUCCAGAGCUGCCACCGGGAUGAUCCCGUCUGACGUUUUGAACGGUGCAACCUCAGUUAACACCAACAACUGGGGCACUCCACGCGCGUAUUUCCCGAACACAAACUGCCCAAUUUCCUCCAAAUUUGGACUUCAUAAUAUCGUCAUAAAUCUGACUUUCUGUGGCGAUUGGGCUGGCAAUGCCUAUGGCUCUUCUGGUUGUCCCGGAACCUGCAUCGACUACGUGAAUAACAACCCAUCUGCAUUCACCAACGCCUACUUUGAUUUUGCCUGGCUCAAAAUCUACCAGUGA